GCUCACAGAAAGUCUCGAAGGGCUUACAAUUGCGACUGUGCCGCAGUGGGAAGCAAGAAUCGGCGAGCCUGACAUUUUAACUCAUAUUCGACGAUUCCAAAAGUACUUUGAACAGCUUGGUGCAAAGAUUGUGGAGGUGGAUCUUCCAGAUAUCGAUCUUAUUGGAGCAGCACACGCUAUCACUAUCUGUUCAGAAAUGAAUACCUUUGCAAGACAGGCAGCAGCAGGCAAAUCUACAUCGGCGUACACGCCAUCGACCCGUGUGAUGAUGGCUAUAUCGGAGCAAAUCACUGCCGAAGACUACUACAAGGCUCAGCAAGUACGAACACAAGUGAUGGACCAGGUUGGCCAGUUGUUUAACAAGGUGGACUUGAUUCUGCUGCCCACCACUGCCAUUACCGCCCCUGAACUUCCACAGAAAGCAUUUGCCUAUGGUAUGUCGGAUACGGUCAAGACGACACACAGCAUGGUCUAUGUCACAAUGGCCAAUUUCACUGGACUGCCUGCUGUGACAGUACCAGCAGGAUUCUACAACAACAAGCCAGUCGGCUUGCAGCUCUAUGGCGAGUGGUGGAACGAAGCAUUAUUGUUGCGCAUGGCCAAGGUGUGCGAAAAGGCACCAGGCAUUGAACGGAAACAUCCUGAAAAGCAAUGGUUUGGCCAUGUUUUAGAUGAUGCUCAAAAGCCAUGAUACUGUGGCUGCUGUUAUUGUUAAUGAAACAGUUACAAUGGAUAAAAUUCUUUUAUACUAUCGUUUUGCGCGCUGUUGCAUAAAUAAAAUUUCGUCGGCAUACCACC